GAUGUAUAAAAUGGAGGAUAAGGAAUUGUACUGUUACCUCAGAUUACAGUUAGGAUGCUGCUCCUGUACUGCUAAGAGAACCAUUCCUAAAUCUCUUCCACAUCCAUCCAGCACCAUAUGUAUGGACGGUAAAAGUAGUUUGUGUGCUAAGAAAAGUAACCACAGAUAACUAUAACCAUCUGCGUGUCUGAAUUUUUCUGAACGGUACUCAAGCUUGCAGUCCUUUUACAGUCUUGCUGUUAACACAUUCCUUUAUUUAUUUAUUUGUGAUGUCUUGAUUUAAAAGGUUACCGUUAAAAUUCUGCAUACUUUUUUCUUUCCGAAUUGAGAAGGCAUAUAUUCAAAAAUAAUCUGAACAAUUUUUAUGUAAAAUUAUAUAUUUUAAGUGUAUUUUAAGAGUUUAAGAAUUAGGGUUUAUUUCUUUUGUUUUUGAUGAAAAGUUUGGUGGUCAUUUUCUUUUACCCGUUACUAUUUCCCACUUAUUUAGUAGUCUGCUCACAAAUUCCUCUGUGAAUGUUCAGUGACCAUUUGUUUUGUUAAAGCUUCUCUUAGCAUGGUUGCGUUUGUAGGCAAAAUUAGAUUUCUUUUUCCCAAUUUGGUAAUAGUUAACACCCAUGAUUAGAAAUUGACUAACGUUCUAAUUUAUAGAUGUUUUAUUUCCUUUAAUAUAUCAGUCUUUGUAAAAGUUUGUGCUUUGUAUGAGGUGAUUCUGUUAGCAGGAAUGUGAAAAAAGGUUCACAGAUGGCUGUCGAAGCUGCUCCUGUCUGUAAAAGGCUAAUGUGGUCCGGUUUUAAAUGGGGUCUACUUAUCCACUGAAAAAAACUGAAGGUAAAUAUUUUGAUGUUUAUUUAUAUAAAACGUGUUUACUCGUAUCCACAAUCUUUUUUUGUUGCUCUUAAAGUAAAUUUUCAGUCGACAAACGGACAUGUAUGUGAUUACAAAUUAUUAUGCAGUAGAGUAAUUUUUCAAAUAAAAACUGGAAAAAUACAAAGUCUUAGAAUUAUUUAAAAUAUCUAGAUGUCCGAGUUAACUCUGCACUACCAAUUGAUACGAGUUAGGUAUCUCUGUUACUUAAAAUUGCUGUAAUUGAUUGCGAUUAAACGGUAACUCAACUAUUGGUCCAGCCCGUAACGAGAUACAUCUACUGUUGCUGGAUUGUAGAUAGAUUUCGACCAAUCCGGUUGUCCGUUACUGCAACCAUAGUUAUCUUGCAGCGUUGUGGCCUUGCGCAAACGGCGCAGUAGUUAGCGUACCAAGGAAGUUUACGUGCAGAUUACUUCGAGAAUACGGAGAAAACGCGCGGGGGGGGGGGGCGGUGACUCUUGAGAUUGGGCUCAUUUGUUCCUCCCACUUCGUGCGUGUGGUCACGGUUACCUGGUCCUUGUUUUGUUAAUGAAUAGGAGGGAUAAUUUCCAAAUGCACUGACCUGAUGUACAGCUUAAGGCCAGCAGGGUAGCCGGUGUGGGACAGCACUGCUCGGCUCUCCGCCGGGAUCGACGGCACACCGGCGAGCGCCAGCGACACCUGGUGGCUGUCGCGAUGUUCCCUGAGUCUGGGCAGAGCUCUAGUGUGGAAGAUGACGGUAACCAUGGUAGCAGCUUGUCGUGCAUUGGGCAGGAGAUGGAAUGCACAGUCUUCAUCGCCUUCCUGGGACGUAUGGACGACGAAGACUUCCAGGAAAAACUUGACUGCAUUUUGAGUGGUGUACCUGACUUACUGCAAUUAGAUGUGGAGAGACUGCGCCCCCUAUGUGUGGAGCCAUGGAACAGCGUGCGUGUGACCUUCAGUGUCCCGCGAGAGGCCGCCGAGCGUCUGCGCCUCAUGGCCCACAGCAGCCAGCAGCAGCUGCGAGACCUGGGCAUCCUGUCCGUGCAGAUCGAGGGGGAGGGUGCCAUAAAUGUUGCCUUUGCGCAGAAUAGAGGUCAGGAGGUCGGGAUCAGUGGACCUACCGGGGCGGCCACCCACAUGAGGAUGGAUGGGAGCUUCCCGAUGCACAUGGGUCCAGGUUCGCGAGUGACUAACCCCUCUGAGCCAAUGGUUUCCCAAUACCCGGGAAUGCCCCCUCCAAGGAUGGUGGCAGGGGCCACUGGCGAGUUUUUGGUGAGGGCUCCCCACCCUCACGCCCCGGCAGACUCAACGGACUCCAUGCCCUUCAGUCUCCCCGUGCAACAGCAACAACAUCAGCAGCAACAGCAGCCUUACCAUGCUCAACCACCUCACCGCCCGACCCUCGUGCUCUCUGUGCCUACCCACAUGCAGUCCGACCGGCAGCUAAACCCAGUGACCUUGCACUUUCAACACCAGAGAUCCCAGCUCGUGCAGCCAGGCGACACUUGUGCUCCAUUCAACAAUCAGAUCCCCGUUCCAGCUGGAUGGAGUCGGCUCCCGUCUGGUGUCCUGCAGCCCCCGCCCGCCCAGGGGUCCAUGGGUGGGACCUGGAGGAAUGGGCUUCAGCAAGUUCAAGUGACGCAGCACCCCUCAGUUCAAAUACCAAGGCAGCCUCCACCUCCGUACCCCUCUGGGAGUCAGCAAGCUGGGCAGAUCUUCAACGCCAUGGGGCAGCAACAGCAACCGGGCAACCCCCAGUUCAUGGCCCCGCAGCCAAACAUCCUCCAAAGGCCAACUGGACCACAGGUCCCUGCCUCUCCACUACCCUAUGCAACUCACCUGGGUCACAUCAACUCCCCUCUUUCUUCCCCCUCUCCUUUCCAACAAGCCCCUCCCCCAAAGCCGGGACAGAAUCAGACCCACCUGGGCCCCCAGCUGCCUCCCACCAUCAGUUCUCCUGGCAGGAUGAUGUUGAGCCAGCAGUAUGGUGCUUCUCCAGACAUCAUGGUCACCUCCCAACAGAUCCAGGUGGCCCGGGUCUCCCAUGCCGGAUCAGGAGGAGCUCUCACUUCUCCAUCUACCCUGAGUCAUAUGCAAGGGUCACAUGAUCAGAAUGACAUCAUACAAAGCAACCAGAGUGGCAUGGCUAGCCAACCACUAGGGUCCGCCACCUCCCAGGGCAAUCACACCUCCUUUGCUGGCCAGGUGGUCCAAGGCGAAGUCGGGGGAGAAGCAGUUGUCACCAGGCCUCAACAUUCAAACCCAGGAUUGAUGGGCAACCAGAACCCCGAUAACUUCAAUGUGGGCCCACAACAAAGGAUGACUCCACCCACAUUACUAGGAAAAGGGCAGCUUUUGGGCAACCAGGGGAAGCAGCCGAAUGCGAUGAUGGCGGAGAUGAUGGUCAGUCAGAUGCAAGGAAUCAAGCAGGGCUUUGGGUUUAAUGGUCAGAUAAUGAGGCCCUCAUACAUGCAAGGCAACCCGGUCCAGUUUCACACUCAGAUGGGUCAACAACAACAGCAGCAGUCGGCUCCGCAGCAGAUGCAACCGCAGCAGCAACAUAUGGAAAAGCAGCAGUACCAGCAGGUGAUGCAGCAGCUUCAGUCCCAACAGCAACAGAUGCAGCAGCAACUCCAGCAUCGGCGUCAGAUAACGCAGCAACAGGUUCAACAGACACAGCAUGAGAAGAUGCAACAGCAACUAAUUCAGCAGCUGCAGCAACUCCAACAGAGUCCAGUGAAUGGCAGUGCCGGCCAAACGGCAGGCUUUCAUCCACCACUUAUGCAAUUUCAACAGCAGUUGCAACAGUUUCCGCUGCAGGACGUUCAGCAGCACACACAGUCACUUGGGGAUGACGCUGUCAUCUCAGAGGAGAUGCCUUUGCAACAGGCAUUGCCUGACCUACAGAACCAACAGCCACAGAUAGCGACUACCCAAUCCAUGCCGGUAGGGAGUAGUCAGUUCCCUGGUCAUGGGAUGCCCCUCAACCCCCAUUUUCCAGGACAGAUGAGCACGGGAGGCCAGUGCGUGCAAACCGGUGGGUUCGUGGUCAACAACGACAUCACGCUCACAAGUCCCCUUCUGGUCAAUCUUCUUCAGACUGACGUCUCGGCAAAUCACAUCGGCCCUAGCGGAAAGCAAGGGGUGGUAAACCAAUCAAAAGCAAAAAAGAAAAAGACCCCAAACAAAAAGAAAGCUAAAGGUAAUGCAGGAUCGCUAGCACAAGCAGAUGUUGCCCUUUGUGGACUUGACUCUCAGAACAAUAUGGAGGUGCAAUUGAUGCAUGGGGACCAGAGACCUGGAAUAGAUCCCACUGGAUCCAAUCUGCCAGACCUCUCCAACAGACCCACAGGGUUUCCAGGAGAUCAAAGGGCUUUACAUCAAAUACCCGUUCAGUUCGUGCAACAGCAGAAAUUGCAGAAUCUGCAGGCGCCACUGGGUCAAGUUGGACGAAUGUCCCAAGGCCAACAACUAGGUCAGACCCAGGUCAAUCCACACCAGUUACAGGCUCAACAAAAGAUCGAGCAGCAGCAGCAGCAGCAACAUCGCCAGCCGAAUCACCAACAGCAGCAGAUGAUAAUGUUUAUGAGGCAGCAAGAACAUGCUAAAAAUAGAGUGCCUCUCUCGCAGGGAGUCCUGUACGCAGCAGAUGGCCAGAGGAUGCCUGUCUCUCAGCAGGGAAACAUGCCAGUAAUGAUUAACCUACGAGGCAAUGGCAGUGUCCCACCAUCCCCUGACAAACCGAGGGGACUUCCCUUCAUGAUGAACCCACACGUAACUGCGAGAAGGAUUCCUGUCCCUGAUUCGGUACGGGGAAGUCCAUCACUGAAUUCAGAGGAAGCCUCCGGAAUAUGCGUUCCGCAGACUAGCACUUCUAAUGAAACAGGAAGUGGCGCGCCACAUAUGGUUCUCAAUCAAGGUUGUAAUCUUCAGCCGAUGAAGUCAGGGACCUCGCCGAAACCACAGCGUCAAGGAGCAAGUCUCCAGAAGCUGCAGCAGCAACAGCCGCAGCAGGCUGGCACGAUGCCAGCUUCACAUAGCCCUCAUUUCUCCAUCACUUCACCCAGCCCACAGGGCUCCAGGUCCAAGACACCCAACCCAGCUAGUCCCAGGCCAUAUCACACUCCCCUUCCCGAAACCAGUCGGCCACCUAGCACUGAGCCCUCUGAGAUCAAUCUCUCCCCAGAGAGAUUAAAUGCUUCAAUAGCUGGUCUCUUUCCACCAAAGAUAAACAUUCCUUUACCUCCUAGACAGUCUAAUAUUAAUCGAGGAUUUGACCAGCAGGGUCUUAACCCCACUACCCUGAAAGCCAUUGGGCAAGCCCCUACCAUUAUGAAUUCACUAGUGAAUGGCAACAACAAUAAUCAGCUGUCUUUUUUUGAGCCUAGCAAUAAGGUGAUCGCAGGUGGGAAACCUGGAGGUCUGGAGUCAAGAGCCAGCCCAAGCAACAGUAGACAUGCUAGCUCAACAUCAACCCGCAAAACAGCACCUAGCCCUGGAUGCCAGAAAGGCACUAAAACGUCCCAGUCCUCCCCUACAUACCAGCAGCCCCUGGUUAAUAAUGCAAAUGCAAUGAUUCACCAUACUCCAGUUCUCAACAAUCAAAUGCCCAUGGAGCCCGCUUCUCAAGAUGUGCCUGAAAUCCAAAAUCCGUUCCAUGAUCACCAUGGCUACCCCACUGACAUGACUUGUGAAGGACAAGUUAUACAACCCGAGAAGCGUCUGUUUUCCCGGCUUACGCGAGACCCUCCAAGGGAGAAUGUUAUAAGUCCUCCAUGUGGCGAAUGUGUUAUUGGAGAGCCAGAAAUUCAAGAGGUAAAAAAAGCAGAAGAGACUGAGGCUUUAUUUCAACAGGAACCUAAACCCGGUUCUUCAGUAGGUCUGAGGGACGUCCCAGCCUCUUCAAAUCGGCAGUUGGACAGCUUGCUUACAGACACAACUUCUGUAAAGCCUGACCAGGGUCAUACUGCAGAGGGAAGUAUGAGUGAAAAUGAAAACGCUGUGGGUGUAAACAGCCAACUGCACUCUGAUGUCACCACUCUUACAGAAAAUGAACCAGAAGUGGAGUCUAAAGUCAGUUCAAAUCCCAAACUUAACCCAUAUGUCCAUCAAAACCUCAUCACUGUUGUCAGUUCCAGUUCAGGCAUUACUUCCAGUUCGGAUCCAAAGUCAAUCAACAGUUCCGUUUCCAGUUCUCACCCUAGUGUCACCAUUAACCAAAACUCUAUCACUAACUCCUUGACAAGUGCUGCAGCCUUGCAGAGUGUUACCUCGGGAGCCACCGUUCCUUCCAAACAAAUCACUAUCUUUGGCUCCUCAAAUUCCUUAAGUUCUUCUGUGAACACAACUUCUAGUGGAAUCCCAGCCUUAGUCUCUGCUGUAGUUACUGUUCCUAAUGAAGGUUCGGCACCACAGGAGGGCGGAGCCAUGCUUACUACAACUGCACAUAACUCUUGUUCCCCUCAGUUUCCAACAACUCCUGUCUUAAUCAACCCAAUUCUUCAGGGUCCUGCUUCUUCCAUUCCCCCUAGUACAAAUGUUACGUCCCUACCAGUAACUGCAGUGGGGUCGCCAAAACUGUCAACAGAUCUCCAGCUCGCACAAGUGCCUACAUCAGCUCAGUCUCCUGUAAAUGGCAUUCCCAACAACCUGGUCAAGAUGCCCUCAAACCAAGUUGCUGCUGUUUGCAGUGUUAGCCAUGCUCACCAGCCGUGCCCUGGAACCCUAAAGCAGGGAAAAGAUUCAACUGAAGAAGUUGCAAUAAAGCAUAGUCCACUUUGGCAACUAUCUCUAUGUCCCAGUACAGCGAAGGCAUCCUCUGUCUCCAAGCCCCUCUUACCAUCUAAUCUGUGUUCCAGCCUGGGAACUGCUGCUUAUUCACAAGAAAACCCCAUAUCUACUACAGCUUCCUUGUCCAAGAGCAGCCCAAGGCAGGUGCUCAUGGCUGAAUCAACUGACGCUCCGUCCCUCACUGUACAGAAAGUGGAUGAACAGUCAACUCAGUCCUGCAGCCUCAGAAUCUUAUCAGACCAUACAUCCAGAAGUCUACUACCUCGUUUUUCCCAUCCGGCUGGCCAGUCAGAUAUUCUUGAGGGACACCAGUCCACUUCUCCUCCAAAACGAGCUCCCCCACCUGUUCCAGAGCCCUCCUUUCCCCCUAACUUUUCCCCAGCAAACACUGCUGAUCCUGGACCAGUUUUAGUCAGCUCUGGAGCCAUAUCAGCACCACCCUCUCUAGAUGGGGCGCAGAGCCCACCUGCAGUGGUUGAAACCAGCCGACCGGCUCCAGAAAGCAUCCAAGCUGUAGAACCCAGAUUAAACAGUGGACAGCAUACUGGAGAUGACGGCGGAGCAGCAUUAACCGAGAAUGGGGAUGCUGUGGGCGGAGCAGGGAGAUCCAAGCGUGCGAACCAACGCAGCUCGUGGGUGGAAGUGGAGCCAGAUGAAGGGGCCCCUUCUGCACUGGAGGUGUCAGAUGGAGGACAAAGGAAAAGGGUGGAGAAGCUGGGAACUGGGUCUGCCUCAGUCACCUGUACCACCACCAGUGGACAAGAUCCAAAGGCUGGAGCAAUGCCUACCCAGGCUAAGCGGAGGAAAUCAAAAUGACUUCUGAAUAGUGGAAGCUGCUCGAUUUCUUUCUCCUUAUAAUGAAGUCGUCAUUCACGUUUGUCUUACCGGUGCUACUGUGUCUGAGGUCUGCUGCAAUGCCGAAGAUUUUUGUGUUUGAUUUUAAUUGCUGGAUUAAUAUGUUGCCUAAAGUUUCUAUCUUGUAAUUUUGCUGAAAUCAGAAUGUAAUUUUCCACUUUUUUGGCGACGAAACAGGAUACGAAAGAUUGAUUUAAUGCCUUAGCCAUGAUUUAGAUAUGAAUAAAAUUCACAGCAGUAGCGUCUCAAUAGGCUUUAAACUUAACUCACUUUUUGUUAAUGUGAGAUUUUAAUUCUUUUUGUAUGGCCCAGGUGCAACGACGUAGCUCUGAUUUAAAAACUUUGUGAAAGUUUACGUGAUUUAAUAUUAGGCAGCUACAAACACUUCAGAGCCUGUAUAACUACUGAAAGCUACAAACCAAUGUACUAGUGCACUGAAUAAUCUUUGUAACACUGGAAUAACUGGCUUAGAAUAACACCACUGUGUGCUUUACCAAAUGUGUGGCAUUUUUUUGAAAAUAAAUUCAAGUCAAGUCGA